CACCCGUGUUCAGAUUGUGCUUUCAACGCAAGCAGCACACAGGCUAAGAAUACCACAGCUCACUGGGAUCUCGCAACUUCACAAUUCAGAAAGACGUUUGGGGACGGUAACAUUAUUCUGGUGAAUAAAUCAUACUCACAAUUUUUAAAUAUAUCUUUUUUUUUUUUUUUUUUUCAGGAGUCUUGGAUAUUUCCACUCAUUGGAUUAGGCCUAAAUAUUUGAACCCCAACAUUGAUGGAUUACUGCAAGGGAGUUUUGUAGCUUUUUGUUUUUCAAUUAAACUUUGAGGAUUUCAUCAGCUUGGAGUCGCGACUCAUCUUCUCAAAAGGAGCAUAAGCAGGUGUUGUGUUUGAUCCAGAAACCUUUGAAGAAAAAACCUUUGAAACCUAAUGUUUGUGAGGUCCUCUGUUUUUAUUUACUCUAGCUAAAGACUUUAAUUUCACAUUGUGUUUAGUCCUUCUAACUUCGAGAUCACCGCUGAAGGGAGUUGAGCUUCUAGGAAGACCUGUUUGUUUUCUCUUCCAGUUUCUAGGAUAUUGUUUGUCAUCCCUCUCCGUAAGCACACUGUAGAUUAUGAGAGAAGCCCUGCGGUUUGGUAAAUAAAGUGACAGCAUGAGGAACGACUGUCAAAAGGCGAUAAACUGAGCGGCUUGUAGCAGUAAACAUUGCACUCUCCCAAAUAACGAUGACUGCUGUGGAAUCUGAGUGGCUUAGACGUCUGAGUGUCGUUCAGAGUUGAACUUCAAGACGGUAGUCAGACCAUUCCAGAGAAGACCGACAUCGGGUAAACACCCAGAGGUUUUGGAGGGACAAAUACGAUCUUUAUAGACCACUGCAAUGGAGCAGAGCUCUUCUGCUGCUCCAAUGGACAAACAAGAGCGUGUGGUUGAGUUUGUGUCCUCACACCGCAGCGGUGGCAGCCGUACCCGGAGCCGCCAGCGACUGUUUCCUCUGCCCGUCCUCCUCCCUCUCUGCAUGCUGCUGUGUGUUUGGGCUCAGGUGGAAGGAGUGGUUCAUUCCAGCUUCCGCAGACUCAGUGGUCGUGAGAAGAAGGAGAUGCAGAAGGAGAUUUUAUCCAUUCUGGGUUUACCCGGCCGGCCCAGACCUCACCCGCCGCUGCGGCCCCCUUCCUCCGCCCCGCUCUUCAUGCUGGACCUUUACCAUGCCGUGUCGUCCGAGGCAGAUGAUGGACCAGGUUUGGGCUUCACUCCGGAGGGGGUCAGUCACGCGGCGCUGCCCACCUUAAGCACGCACACGCCGCCCCUCGGCACAGUGGUUAGCGAGGCCGACACGGUUAUGAGCUUUGUCAACCUGGUGGAGCAGGAGAAGGAUCUGCUGCAGCCUCGGCCGUACUGGAAGGAGUUCCGCUUCGAUCUCACUCCGCUUCCUCAGGGAGAGACGGUCACCGCUGCUGAGUUUCGCAUCUAUAAAACUCUUACCGUGGGUUGGCGUGCAAACCGCACCCUCCAUAUCUCUGUCUAUGAAAUCCAGAGGGAGAAAAGACACAGGGAGCCUGAGCUGGUGUUGUUGGACAUGCAGUCUGUGCCUGCUGGUCAAGAGGGCUGGCUGGCAUUUGAUGUGACUUCUGCGAGCAAUCGCUGGCUUCUCCACCCUCGGAGUAACUUGGGCAUCAGACUUUAUGUGGAAACUGAGGAGGACCGGUCAUUGUCAGCCGCAUGGGUGGGUCUGGUGGGUCGGCGCGGGCCGCGCUCUAAACAGCCUUUCAUGGUGACGUUCUUCAGAGCCAGUCAAGCCCCUUGCCGCCCACCUCGUGCUCUGAGACACAACAAUCCACGCAAGAAAAAACCCAAGUACGACCUGCCACACCCAAACAGACCCGGCAUAUUUGACCAAAAUCAUGCCAGCAGCGGACGCCAGGCCUGUAAGAAACAUGAACUCUAUGUCAGCUUUAGCGACCUUGGCUGGAAGGACUGGGUUUUGGCCCCUACAGGUUAUUCUGCGUAUUAUUGUGAUGGGGAAUGUGAUUAUCCUCUGGGCUCUUGUAUGAAUGCCACAAACCAUGCCAUGAUCCAGCUACUGGUUCACCUUUUAAGACCAAAUGAAGUGCCUAAAGCCUGCUGUGCUCCAACCAAACUCAGUCCCAUCUCUGUGCUUUUCUAUGAUGACAACAACAACGUUAUUCUCAAGAAACAUCGAAAUAUGGUGGUCAAGAACUGUGGUUGUCUAUAACCUCUUGUACAUUCAAGUUUUAAAUCUGAAACAAAUAUAGAUGUAUUAUAAUACUCAGAGGCACCAUUUGUAAUAUACAGUGAUUAAAAAUUUAUUUAGCCAAAUUUGAGCCUUCUUACCUGUCCCAAAUGAUUGACAAAUGAUAAUUAUUGAAGUGUCAUGAUGGUUUAUCAGCUUAUUUGUCACAAUUUUACUGUGAGUGGAUUUAGGAUUGGAAUCCAUCCCAUAAUAAUAAAAAAUACAUAUUUUGCA